AUGACUGGCAGAAGAGUUAUAAAAAUAGUAAUUAUAGGAGAAAAAAGCGUUGGUAAAACUAGUAUAUUAAAAAGAUAUGUAGAUCAAAGAUUUAUAACAUUAAAACCAACCAUUGGUAUUGACUUUGUAAAUAAAGAUGUAAUGGUUAACGAUCAAAUGGUAACACUUCAACUUUGGGAUACAUCAGGACAAGAACGUUUUAGAUCACUCGAAGUUUCUUAUUAUAGAGGUGCAGAUUGUUGUAUAUUAGUAUUUGAUGUUACUAGUGAAAAAUCACUUCACGAUUUAAAGCUUUGGAGAGACGAUUUUAUAGAGAAAACUGGUGUACAGGAUGCUGACAAUUUCCCAUUUGUAGUUUUAGGUAAUAAAGUGGAUGACCCAAAUAGAAAAAUUAAAGAAAAACAGGCUCAACAGUGGUGCGAAACAAAUAUUGGUGGUAAAUUCAUUUAUUUUGAUACCUCUGCAAAGGAUAAUAUAAAUAUAGAACAAGUUUUUAAACAUAUUUCUCAUUUUUCGAAUUUUCAAUCAAUACCAAAAACACCACCUGAGGAAUUAAUUAAUAUAACAGCUCAAGAUGAAAAUAAAAGCUCGUGUUGUUAA